AUGCUACAGUCUGGGCAACCGUUCAAGUACUCCAUCAUGGACAUUUGUGAGCAGCUUAAGGAAGAGUUCCGGUUCCUCCACACUCAAUACCACAGCCUGAAGCUAGAAUGUGAGAAGCUAGCCAGCGAGAAGAUAGAGAUACAAAGGCAUUAUGUGAUGUACUAUGAGAUGGCUUACGGAUUGAAUAUUGAAAUGCAGAAGCAGGCAGAGAUCGUGAAAAGGCUGAAUGCUAUCUGUUCUCAAAUAAUUCCCUUUCUGACGCAGGAGCAUCAACAGCAGGUCCUGCAAGCCAUAGACCAGGCCAAGCAGGUCUCCAUCGGAGAACUUAGCAGCAUGGUUUCGGUGAGUGAUCUGGAGACGCAGCAGAAACCUCUUCAUCGGAAUAUGCGAAGGACGCUGCUGAAUCAGCCCCACGGCCUGUAUCCUCUGGCACCGUUUCUAAAUUCCCCUGCAGAACUGAGCAAUUCUACAUCUCCUUCAGUGAGCCUGAAAGAGGAGGACCAGCCGAUCAUAGUGGGGAUAAAGCGCAAACGAGAAGUGAAAGAGGAGGAUGAGCAUUCGGAGAGUGAUGAGGAGAAAAGUGAUUAUCACGUGGUCGUGGAUGAGGAUCCUGCUUCAGAAGAUGUGAGUCCUAUUAGCACAACUGACAGUAAGAUCCUUUCGAGCCAGAAGGAGCAGCUCAACAGUUCAUCCUCAGUGGUGUUGAAUAGUUGCAAGAUGCCCUUCAAGAGAAAGGACCAAGACCUGAACGACGCGGGUUCCACCUCCAGUAAGACAACCAGCCUGUCACCACCCAAGGCUUUAACCCCUGGACCUGGACUGGGCCCAAGUUCUGCCUUCCAGAGCCAACGGACUGCCUUUAAGCCACCCAACUCGGAGAACAUCACCCUGCAGAAUGCACUUGACCUGUCAUCCCUCACCAACACGUACAGGAAAAUACGUCCCAGCAUCCUCAGCAGGGAACUGGCCGCCCCCAGCUCCUACAUGGGCAUUCACUUCUCCCCACACAUCAGUGGGACAAUGAUGUAUAGACGAUCUCCCAUGGUGGCUUUUGAGACUCGCUCACAUCUGCAUGGCCCAAUCGGCCCAACAUGUUGGCCCACACUUCCAGGCGGCAAGCCGGUGUAUUCGUUCCACGUGAAUGCAAACAAGCUGGUUCAGCCGGUCUCCUUCCCGCCCAACGCCCUGAUCGGCUCCGGCAUCCCACGGCACGUGCGCCAGCUGCACACGCUGGCCCACGGCGAGGUGGUCUGUGCCGUCACCAUCAGCAACUCCACCCAGCAUGUCUACACAGGAGGGAAGGGCUGCGUGAAGGUCUGGGACGUGGGGCAGCAGGGUGCCAAGACCCCCGUGGCGCAGCUGGAUUGCCUGAACCAGAACAAUUAUAUCCGCUCCUGCAAGCUCCUGCCGGACGGCCGCACCCUCAUCGUCGGCGGGGAGGCCAGCACCCUGUCCAUCUGGGACUUGGCGGUCUCCACCCCCCGGAUCAAGGCUGAGCUGACCUCCUCAGCCCCUGCCUGCUACGCCCUGGCCAUCAGCCCUGACGCCAAGGUCUGCUUCUCCUGCUGCAGCGACGGAAACAUCAUGGUGUGGGAUUUGCACAACCAAACCAUGGUCAGGCAGUUCCAGGGUCACACGGAUGGAGCCAGCUGCAUUGACAUCUCCAAUAAUGGAAUCAAUCUCUGGACAGGGGGCUUGGACAACACCGUGAGGUGCUGGGACCUGCGGGAAGGCCUGCCGCUUCAGCAGCACAAUUUCAGCUCCCAGGUCUUCUCCCUGGGCUACUGCCCCACCGGGGAGUGGCUGGCGGUCGGGAUGGAAAGCAACAGUGUCGAGGUCCUGCAUGUGACAAAACCUGAGAAGUACCAGCUGUACCUCCAUGAGAGCUGCGUGCUUUCCCUCAAAUUUGCUAAUUGUGGGAAAUGGUUUAUCAGCACUGGCAAAGAUAGUUUGCUUACUGCAUGGCGGACGCCAUAUGGCGCAAGCAUCUUUCAGUCCAGAGAAUCUUCUUCAAUGCUUUGCUGUGACAUCUCUGCCAACGGCAAAAUAAUCGUGACAGGUUCGGGAGACAAGAAGGCGACGGUUUAUGAAGUUGUGUACUGA